AUGGGCAUCUUUGACUAUUUCUCGUCACCAGACGCCAAGCGCAAGGAGGAGGUGCGAAAGGGCGCCGUUGUCCCCGACCGAUCAGAGCGGAAAAGAUGCUGGGAGGCGCGCGAUGGUUUCUACGCUUGUCUCGAUAAGCACGACGUGAUAGAUUCCACCAAGGGCGAAGGCAAGGCCAAGGCCGACAAGGAAUGCGUCAGCGAAGGCAAGAAAUUCGAAGAGGACUGCGCCGCAGCUUGGGUCAAAUACUUCAAGCAAUAUCGCGUAGCCGACUACCAGAAGAAGAAGACGCUGGAGAGGUUACAUCAUGAAAGCGCCAGCAAGAUAGCCAUCGAGGGCCCUGGUGAUCAGCCUGGCUCAACACGGCGAUAA